GAUAGGUAUUUCAUAAAAAAUGGCAGAUGGUGAGGAUAUCCAGCCACUUGUCUGUGAUAAUGGAACUGGAAUGGUUAAGGCGGGAUUUGCUGGAGAUGAUGCUCCAAGAGCAGUAUUUCCUAGCAUUGUUGGUCGCCCUCGUCAUACAGGAGUAAUGGUAGGAAUGGGGCAAAAAGAUGCAUAUGUAGGAGACGAAGCUCAAUCGAAACGUGGUAUUCUCACAUUGAAAUACCCAAUUGAGCACGGUAUUGUUAGCAAUUGGGAUGAUAUGGAGAAAAUUUGGCAUCAUACUUUUUACAACGAGCUUCGUGUGGCACCAGAGGAACACCCUGUUCUGCUCACAGAAGCACCUCUUAACCCGAAGGCUAAUCGUGAGAAGAUGACUCAAAUCAUGUUCGAGACAUUCAAUACUCCUGCUAUGUAUGUUGCCAUUCAAGCUGUUCUAUCCCUUUAUGCCAGUGGUCGUACAACAGGUAUUGUGAUGGAUUCUGGUGAUGGCGUCAGUCACACUGUCCCAAUCUAUGAGGGAUAUGCUUUACCACAUGCUAUUUUACGUCUUGAUUUGGCUGGUCGUGACCUUACUGAUCACUUAAUGAAAAUCUUGACGGAGCGUGGUUACUCAUUUACCACUACAGCAGAAAGGGAAAUUGUGAGGGAUGUUAAGGAAAAACUCUCAUACAUUGCUCUUGAUUAUGAGCAAGAAUUGGAUACAUCAAAGACUACUUCUUCUGUUGAGAAGAGUUAUGAGUUGCCUGAUGGUCAGGUUAUUACAAUUGGUGCCGAGCGUUUCCGUUGCCCAGAAGUACUUUUCCAGCCUUCAAUGAUUGGAAUGGAAGCUGCUGGAAUUCAUGAAACCACCUAUAAUUCAAUCAUGAAGUGUGAUGUGGAUAUUAGGAAGGAUCUCUAUGGAAACAUCGUACUUAGUGGUGGUACCACUAUGUUCAAUGGAAUUGCUGAUAGAAUGAGUAAGGAAAUUACUGCAUUGGCUCCAAGCAGCAUGAAAAUUAAGGUUGUUGCUCCACCUGAAAGGAAGUAUAGUGUUUGGAUUGGAGGCUCUAUUUUAGCUUCUCUAAGUACCUUCCAACAGAUGUGGAUCGCAAAGGCAGAGUAUGAUGAAUCUGGUCCUUCCAUCGUCCACAGGAAAUGCUUCUAAUUGUUUAGACACGUAACUAACUAUAAGUUACUUUGUUGUUAUAACCUAAGGCAAAGAAUUUUUCCAGAAUAUAUUGAUUUUCAUAUUGUGAAGCUUUGCCGUUUAAUUGUAACUCGAAACACUUCUGAUUAUAUCUGUAUAUAACAUGCAGAAAUAUAGAUAUGCAUCCUGUUUCAUUUUA